UAUCCCACAGUGAGCCUCCAACUUCUCCCAGUGGAGCCACAGAGUAAGCAGCCCAUGACUUCUGAUCAGGACGCUAAGGUGGUGGCUGAACCGCAGGGCCAACGCGUCCAGGAAGGGAAAGGAGGGGCUCAUCUGAUGAAUGGUCCCAUAUCUCAAACCACUUCUCAGACAAGUUCCAUCCCAGCUUUGAGUCAGGUACCAACUGCCAAGGUUUCAGAGCUAAACCCAAAUGCAAAAGUAUGGGGAACUCACAUGUUCCAUUUGGAGGCGAGUAGUGCAGCGGAUGGUGGCGUGAAUGCAGCGUGGGAGGACUCAGGCCACCGUGCAGACCCUGGCCAGGAUGGCCUGGAUGCCAAUGGUGAUGGGGGCAAGAGCCGUGAGGAUGCAGCGUUACCAGAUUUACAGGAUGCGGACCAAACGGUGAUGAGCACUGUGGCCGUGGAUCGCUCAGAGCAUGGAUCUGCAACUGAAGACAGUGAGACAGGAGGAAAUGAAUCACAAACAGAAAACCAGGAAGACCCCCGAGAAGUACUUAAGAAAACAUUGGAAUUCUGCUUAUCUAGGGAGAACCUGGCUAGUGACAUGUACCUCAUAUCACAGAUGGACAGUGACCAGUACGUGCCAAUCACAACAGUGGCUAACCUGGACCACAUCAAGAAGCUCAGUACUGAUCUGGACUUAAUUGUUGAGGUUCUGAGAUCUUUACCUUUAGUUCAAGUAGACGAGAAAGGAGAAAAAGUCAGGCCAAAUCAAAAUCGUUGCAUAGUGAUAUUACGUGAAAUAUCUGAAUCCACCCCAGUAGAAGAAGUAGAAGCAUUAUUUAAAGGAGAUAAUUUACCGAAAUUUAUAAACUGUGAAUUUGCCUAUAAUGAUAAUUGGUUCAUCACAUUUGAAACGGAAGCUGAUGCACAGCAGGCUUACAAAUAUCUUCGAGAAGAAGUCAAGACUUUUCAAGGGAAACCAAUUAAGGCUCGGAUAAAGGCAAAGGCAAUAGCUAUAAACACAUUUUUGCCAAAGAACGGAUUCAGACCUCUGGACAUGAGCCUUUACACACAUCAGCGCUACACGGCCUCCUUCUACUUACCUCCAGUGUACAGCCCCCAGCAGCACUUUCCUCUCUACAGCCUAAUCGCCCCUCACACCUGGUCUGCCACACACAGUUAUCUCGACCCCCCCUUGGUGACUCCAUUUCCAAGUACUGGGUUUAUAAAUGGGUUUACGUCUCCAACCUUCAAACCUGCAGCGUCUCCUCUGACUUCACUCAGACAGUACCCUCCAAGAAGCAGGAACCCUAGUAAAUCUCAUCUGCGCCAUGCCAUCCCCAGCACAGAGAGAGGGCCUGGGCUCUUAGAAAGUCCUUCCAUAUUUAACUUCACUGCGGAUCGGUUAAUAAACGGUGUCCGGAGCCCACAAACCAGGCAGACAGGUCAAACUAGAACCCGAACACAGCACCCUCCCACCUACGCCGAGAGAGACGUGGGGCCCGGGCGCGUGGAGCUGACCAGUCUCCAGUCCUCUCCUGGCUUAGGCAGAGGAAGGAAAAACUCCUUUGGUUAUCGGAAGAAAAGGGAGGAGAAGUUUACAAGGGGUCAGGCUCAGUCUCCGACGCCACCAAAGCCUCCAUCCCCGAGCUUCGAAUUAGGACUGUCCAACUUCCCCCCGCUGCCAGGGGCAGCAGGUCAUUUGAAGACGGAGGACUUGUUUGAAAACAGGCUGUCUGGCUUGCUAAUAGGAUCGUCAAAAGAAAGGAGCUUGAGUGCAGAGGCAGGCGCAAGCACGAUUUCCACAGCGACACCUCGAGAGCCCCUGGUGCCAGCUUCCUGUGCCAUGUCUGCGACCUACGAGCGUGCCCCUUCUCCAGCAUGUUCCCCGGAGGACCCCAAGGUGCUGGAGAAGCCGAGGGAAGCCCCAAGUGUGGAUAGACUUUCCUCUGCACUCAUGACCACCGUGAGCAAGUCGGUGCAAGUGAAUGGCACCGCCACGGAACUGCGGAAGCCCAGCUACGCUGAGAUCUGCCAGAGGACAAGCAGAGAGCCUUCGUCUCCAUUGCCGGCCCCUAAAGAGCAGAAGCCCCCCUCUGCUGGCUGUGGGAAGGAGGAGAAGAAGCUCACCGAAACAGAGCUCCCUGCCUCCAAAUCUCACCCCGGACCCCCUAGAGACCAGAGGAGGCCACUGGGGCGCCGGCCCUCUCCCCCUGCUGCAGGGAAGCGUCCGCACCGAGAACAGAGCCCCCCCCCUAAAUCUCCCCAGUGAAUGCGUGGUCUGGAGGGAGGUGAGCAUGGGGGCGGCCUUGAGGCUGUGCGGUGCCGAGUGAGCCGCUGGUUAGGAGCUUGCAGUCCCAGGGCCCACGAGAGGCCUGCAGUUAUUUCCCUCUGAGUCGGAUUUUCCCCCCUCUUGGAAAAAAAAAAUCUAUUUUUCAGGAUUUAAUUACUAUAAACCUUAUUUUAGGUUGGUGCUUAACUGGAGGUGAUGCAUAAGUCUGAUUUUUUUCAGGAUAGAAAAUGCAUUUAUCCUAACAAAUUGAUAUUUUUUAUUACGCCUCCAUUUGGCAGUGAAUGCAAGCUAUGUAUAGUGAGUUUUUCUAAAUUAAGCAGAACUGUGCUCCUUCCCUUUUUAAGUGACUGGUUAGCAAGUGCGCAUCUCUAUGUCCAGAUGGCCCAUGAGGAGCGAGUGCUGUCGGUGGGGCGGGAGUGCAGCCCGGGAAGGAGCAGCGCAGGCGCCGCCGUCCUGUCCUCCCUCCUAGGCAGGACACGGGCACCAUCCAGAACCCGUAUUCUCUGGAGAAGCAGCCUGAUUUUCACCUAGUGGGCGCAGUGAGCCUGCUGGAGCUCCGAGCGAGCCCCGAAUACUCCAGUUUGAUGGACUGCAAGCAAGUUAACCAGCUUCUCACUCUACUCAAAGCACAUUGUGAAUAGACCCUAAAUGAAACCUUGACUUUGUCGCCCACUGACUCACUGCUUGUGCACAGUGGAGCCCUGAAGCUGUUUUGCUCCCGUGGGUGAUUGCUGGGGCAGCAGCCCCACUCAUGAAUUCUCCCCCGAUGGAAGCGUGUUGAACCACGGGGAGUGGAGUCUGUGGUGGAGGCUAAGAUUUUGCUCUCUUCCCUCCGAGACAAGGGUUUUUGCUGAUCCCCGCAGGGCUGCACCCUGAAAAAGAUGUGUGCACUACAGCUAGCAGUUAUGAUAAAGUUAGACUUCAAUUAUUUUGUUUUAAAGUGUCUAAAUUUUUUUCUUUAAAUAUUCUAAGCAGCAGACAUCAAGAUAAAAUAUUUCCUGCUAAAUGUAACCAUACAGUUUAUCCCCGAAAAUGUUAUUUAACAAGACUGAGGGUUUUUUUUAAAAAACAAUUCUUUCCAUCCAAUAUUUAAAGACUUGAAUUUUAUUUAAACUUGAAAAUGACUUUGCCUUAACUUUUGUAUAAGACAGCUUCGAGUUCCUGGAGCCCCGCCCCUGGGUUGAUGUGAGCGGUCACAGAGUCACUCAGUGUGGGAUCUGCUGUCGCUGGUUUUACUGAGUGAGCAUACUGUAGCACCUACCAGAACGAGCAGUCGUGUUUGUAAUCUGCCCUGAAGAUCUUAAACAGUUGCUCUUUUUUUCAGAUUGUUGAAAAUCCUGUAAAUGCAAAUAGUCGAUACUGUAUUGAAUCCGUGCACUUGGGAGUGUGCUUUGCUUGUACAGUUGUAAAUAAUCAGAACAUAUUAAAAAGGUACCCUAAAGAGAAAAUCUGAUAAAAAUUAUUGAUAUAUUAUAAAUGUUGCUAUUGAGCUGGAUGUAGAUAAACUAAAUGUUGUGGUUUGCAUAUUCUUUUGAUUUGUUGAGGUUUUUUUUCUUUUUACUGGUGUGUUGAUCUGGUUCUGCCUCUUUGCUGCUGCAGAAGGGAAAUGUGGAAGGUUUUAAUCAAGACUCCGAUGUUUCCAUGCUCUUUGACAUGUGUAAAUAUGUACUAAUUGUAUCUGAUGUGAAGGGUUUUGAAGUAUAAUAGAGCACAUAGGAAGUGAUAAGAUCUUCAAAUGAGAGUUAAGCGUGAUCCACUACUUAAAAUCAUCGGUAGCUAAGCAUGCUCAACCUGUCAGAAGGAGGCCUUGAAUAUUUGACAUUUCCUUCAGCUCAGUUCUCUUUAGUCCAGUAGCUAGAAGUACCCACAGUGCUGUUUUCCCCAGGCCUGUAAGGAGGAAUCUGGGACCGUAUUUCCUUGUAGUUGUCAGACAGCUGAGUGAAAACAAGAACUGGCCUCUUCAGUUCAAACUAAGGCAUAUUUGGGAAAGAGCUGGCAAGGCCAGUGCCACCCUGAGGGCACCUGCUCAAGAGGGAGCAGAUGUUGCCCCAGAGCUUGCAGAUCUGGUGUCAGAUCCUCUCUCUAGAGGUGGGCAGUAGCAUCUGUCAGCGGGCAGCCCGGCUGUGAUCCAGGGUGGGAAGGCGGUUGCCUGCUGCAGUUGCUCAAUGGCAGCCAGUCGGGCCAAGUCCCUGCUUUUUGCCUUUGUGCCCUGAAGCCAGUGGGCUGUAUGUAGAACUAAGCCUGUUCUGAUGACUUCUCUGGCCUUGUGUGACUUCUGUGACUUCCAGAAUCACCAGGGAGGGAGGGCACCAGGCACCAGGCAGCUGUGGUAGCAGUGCAGGCAGGCAAGUCCAAUCUCAUGUCACUUUCCUGUCCCCUGCAGCUCCUCAGGGUGUGGAAUUGGACUGUGCACACAAGUGGUGUUUGAGGCUCACCACUUGGCAAUAGAAGGAGGAUCGGCCCCAUUCCACCAGACAUGAAUUUCAAGUAGAGUAGUUGUUCCGUUUUUUGCUCCCCGAGUUAGUGUCUUGGCGUUUCUGAGCAGCCUCCUGCCAUCCGGUCACCCAUCCCUCUUGUCACCAGCAGGGGGCAGAGCGCGUGCAGUGUUGCCAUCCAGUCACGACAAGGGCGCCGGCUCCCUCCACCCUGCAGGUCCGCUCAGGGCCACAGGAAGCAGCCGACAAUCGCCACAGGGCAGCACUGCCGGUCACAGCCUUGACUGUGCUGUGGGGCCUGAGGGCCCACGUAUCUGUUCUUUUCAUUAAGACUGGAAUCAAGCUUAUGUGUAAACUAUUGGUAAUUUAAGUUUCCUUCUGUGUCACUCAGUGUAAAAUUGUCUAAUUUGAAAAAAAAAACUGUAGGUUAUGAAAAAUAAAGAUUUAGGCACUGUUCAA